AUGGUUCAGAAAAAUGACCAACCUGAUAAACCAGAGGAAAAAGAUGAAAUCCAAGAGGCAGUUGAGAAAGAGAAACCAUGUGUGCCUCCACCACCAUAUAAGACAUCAAUCCCUUACCCUCAAAGACUAGCUAAAUCCAAAACCAAAGGACAAUUCAGGAAUUUCGUUGAAUUCUUGAAACAACUUAAUAUUACCAUCCCUUUCACCGAAGCCAUUACACAAAUGCCCUCAUAUGCUAAGUUCCUAAAAGAAAUCUUAUCUAAUAAGAAGAAACUUAAGGACGAUGAGACAAUGACAUUUAAUGCAGAGUGUAGUGCUAUCAUUCAAAAUAACAUGCCACCUGAACUAAAAGAUCCUGACAGUUUUUCCAUACCCUGUGUGAUAGGGAAGUUUGUAAUAGACAGAGGCAUCAGUGAUUUAGGAGCUAGUGUGAGUUUGAUUCCCCUUUCUAUCUGCGAAAGAAUCAAAUUGGGAGAAUUAAGACCAACAAGAAUGUCGCUUCAAUUAGCUGACCGUUCUGUUAAGUAUCCCAUAGGAAUGUUAGAGAACAUUCCCGUCCAAGUCGGUCAAUUCUCUGUCCUUACCGAUUUCAUAAUAAUGGACAUCAAAUAA